AUGUCUAUUGAGUACAAUGACACAGCAGGUUGGAUUGCUGCAAAUAUAAGUGUUGAUGACAAAAGUUGGAUGGCUCUCCCCCAUUCAAGUCUAGAGUUUUCUACCGGAGUAGAAUAUUUUUUAGACAAAGCAUUUGAAAGAGCAGCUCAAGGAGAUGAGAUUCUUUGUCCUUGCAUAAAAUGUAAGAAUCGUUAUUGGGCAAUAAGAAGCGUGGUGAAUGGCCAUUUAGUUUAUCAUGGUUUUGUUAAAGGAUAUACACAAUGGGUUUUUCAUGGGGAAGGCUUCACACCCGAAGUGCCAAAAGUGACUGAAGAUAUAAGUAUGGAUGAUGGAGAUGACAUUGAAAAUUUGUUACAGGAUACUUUUAGAAAUAUGUCAGAUGGUCCGACAGCCGAUGCAAUAAAGUUUUUUAUGUUAGUUAAAGAAGGGCAACAAGAGCUUUAUCCCGGGUGUAAGAAUUUCACAACUCUUUCUUUCACUAUUCGGUUAUAUCUCUUCAAGUGCUUGAAUGGAUUAAGUAAUAAAGCUUUUGGUGAUCUCUUGGAGUUGUUAAAAGAGGCCUUUCCUGAUGCAAAAUUUCCAGAUUCUUUUAAUGCAGCAAGAAAAAUUAUAAGGAAUUUGGGUCUCGACUAUGAAAAAAUACAUGCAUGUCCUAAUGAUUGUAUGCUAUUUUGGGAUCAACACAAAGAUGUUAGUCAUUGUUUGACUUGUGGGGCAUCUAGGUGGAAACUUGAUAAGAAUGUCCAAGGCGAUAAUACUGAUUCUUCUUCUGCUAGCCAAUAUCAAGUUCCAGCUAAAGUCUUGAGAUACUUUCCUUUAAAACCGAGGCUUCAGAGGUUGUACAUGUGUUCUGAAACGGCCACUGCAAUGAGAUGGCAUGCGAUUGAGCGUCCUAAAGAUGGAAAACUGAGGCAUCCUGCUGAUGGCCAAGUUUGGAAAGAUUUUGAUUCUCUGCAUUCUACGUUUGCACAAGAUCACAGGAAUGUCAGAUUAGGUUUAACUAGUGAUGGGUUUAAUCCAUUUCGGACUAUGAGCAUUUCUCAUAGCACAUGGCCGGUGGUUUUAAUCAAUUACAACUUAGCACCAUGGAUUUGUAUGAAACCAGAAUAUUUCUUUUUGUCCUUACUUAUUCCAGGUCCAAGUUCCCCUGGAAAGGAUAUUGAUGUUUAUAUGCAGCCCUUGAUCAAGGAAUUGAAAGAAUUGUGGGAGGAUGGAGUUGAAACAUAUGAUGUAAGUGUGAACCAGGCCUUUUUCUUGCGUGCAGCCUUGACGUGGACCAUUAGUGAUUUUCCAGCAUAUGCAAUGUUGUCAGGUUGGAGCACUAAAGGUAAAUCAGCAUGUCCUUCUUGUAACCAUGAAACUUCUUCUCAAUAUCUCAAGUAUAGUAGGAAGACUUGUUAUAUGGGUCAUCGGAGAUUUUUAGAUGCUAACCAUAUAUGGCGAUUUGAUGAUAAGUCUUUUGAUGGUCAUGUUGAGUUAAGAGGUGCACCUUCUAGUUUGUCAGGAACCGAAGUUGUAAGAGAACUAUCAGAUUUUGAAAAUGUAUUUGGAAAAAAUCAAAAGAAGAAAGCAAAUGAUGGCCCUUGGAGAAAGAGAUCAAUAUUUUUUGAAUUGUCGUAUUGGGAACAUAAUACUUUGCGACACAAUUUAAAUGUCAUGCACAUUGAGAAAAAUAUAUGUGAUAGUAUUUUGGGCAUAUUGUUGGAUAUUUCAGGAAAGACAAAAGAUCACUUGAAUUCUCGCUUUGAUUUGAAAGAAAUGGGAAUAAGAGAAGAGCUUCAACCUAUUUUCUUACAUUACUGUUUAAAAAAAAAAACAUUUGGGUGUAUAUCAAUGAAUUCUCUUUUAGAAACUAAGAGUCAGGUUGCUGGUUUGAUUCCCACAUCUCACAGAAUUUAUUGGACGCAUUUGGACGAGUUGUUAAAGACCCAUAUUAAGUGGGAGGUUUGGACGGUGUAA